UAAGCCUUUCUUCUUCUUCCUCGCUCCAGACGCAAAACCCUAAUUUUUCCAGAACGAUUUUUCUUAAACUCAUAGCCGUCGAGAAUCCAGUCAACAUGGAGGUAGAUACAGUGACAGACUCUCGUAUCCAGAAAGUCAACAGCUUGCUAAAAGACAUUCGCAUAGAUUACGAUUCUCUCAGCAAGCCCGUAGACAGUUUCGUUUCUUCGAUUAGAGAAGCCAUUGACGCAAUCCCCGAAGGUUUCAAGGUUACUUCAGAGCUAGCUCCCAGCUUCGUUAGAGACAUUGGAGCUGAUAAGGUGGAGUUCACUUUCAAGAAGCCAAAUGGUUUCAAUCUCUGUGGAAGUUACUCCACUCGUUGUAUGGCGAAGCCGGAUGCUUCUGUUGAUCUUCUUCUCCACUUGCCUAAGGAAUGUUUCUAUGAGAAAGAUUACAUGAAUCAUCGAUACCAUGCCAAGAGAUGUCUAUAUCUUUGUGUACUUAAGAAGCAUUUGUUGGCGUCAUCGUCCGUUGAGAAGGUUGAAUGGUCAACCUUACAGAACGAGGCUAGGAAGCCAGUGUUAGUUGUUUUCCCUGUUAAGAAAGUUGAUAACUUUCCUGGAUUCUCCAUAAGAAUAAUCCCUUCAGCGACAUCACUGUUUGAUGUUGCAAAGCUGAGUAUGAGCAGAAACAACGUCCGUUCUGUAACUGCGGAUGGUGUCGCUCAGCCCACGCCGACUUACAACUCAAGCAUAUUGGAGGACAUGUUUCUUGAGGAAAACUCUGAGCUUCUCAAGAAAACUUUCUCUGUGUGGAAGGAGUUGGGAGAUGCUUUGAUAUUGCUGAAGAUAUGGGCUAGACAAAGGAGCUCGAUAUACGUCCAUGAUUGCCUGAAUGGAUUUUUAAUCUCUGUGAUACUAUCCUACCUUGCUACACAUGGCAAAAUUAACAAGUCACUAAAUGCAUUGGACAUAUUCAGGGUGACACUGGAUUUUAUAGCCACUUCUAAAUUAUGGGAAAGGGGUCUGUUUUUCCCACCACAGAGUGAAAGCCCUGUCUCGAAGGAGGAGAAACUGCAAUUCAAAGAGUUGUUCCCUGUUGUUAUAUGUGAUUCAUCUACACUUAUGAAUUUGGCUUUCCGGAUGACCAGUGUUGGAUUCCACGAGCUCCGAGAUGAGGCUUCUUCGACGCUUAAAUGUAUGAAACUCAGAGAUGGAGGAUUCGAAGAGGCUUUUAUGACUAAGAUCGACUAUCCUGUUAAAUAUGACCAUUGCAUAAGGUUACACCUAAAAGGGAAAACAGCAAUGUCUACAUCAGGGUUUUGUUUGGACAAGGAAUAUUGGAGAACCUAUGAGCAGAAAGUGCAUAGCCUUCUGGAACAAGGACUGGGUGACAGAGCUAAAUCAAUCCGCGUUGUUUGGAGAAAUACCAAUCAAGAUUCAUAUGUGGAGAGUGGCUUGUCAGUUCUCAACAGAGAACCACUUUUUAUUGGCAUAUCAAUCAGCUCUAUCGAAAAUGCUUUUAGAACGGUUGAUAUCGGGCCAGAUGCUGAAAACAAGACAGAGGCACUCAAGUUCCGAAAGUUUUGGGGAGAGAAGUCUGAGCUAAGGAGGUUUAAAGAUGGAAGAAUAGCGGAAAGCACAGUCUGGGGGACUCAGCAGUGGACAAGGCAUCUUAUUAUGAAACAAAUUGUUGAAUAUAUCUUAAAGCGGCAUCUUUCACUCUCGUCCGAUGACAUUGUACAAUUAGUUGAUCAACUUGACUUCUCUCUGAUCUACGGGUAUAAAGAUCCAAUAUCUACAUCUGGAAAUUUGCUUGAAGCCUUCGAAGUUUUCUCUAAGUGCUUGCGUGGGAUCAAAGGCAUACCUCUAAAAGUUUCUAGCGUUCAGCCUUUAGAUUCAGCUCUCAGGCUCACAUCUGUGUUCCCUCCUGAACCCCACCCACUGGCUUGUGGAAAAAUUGAUGCGCAAAGACUACAGAGAGUUAUACCAUCUUGCAUACCAACAAUGGAGGUCAUGAUUCAGCUAGAAGGGUCUGGUAACUGGCCCAUGGAUGAUUUGGCAAUUGAGAAAACGAAAACUGCUUUCCUUAUUCAAAUUGCAGAGAACCUUCAGACCAUUAAGGGAAUAAGGUCCACAGCUACUGAGAAUAACGUCGAUGUGUUCAUGCGUGGUUACGCAUUUCGCCUGAGAAUCUUGCAUGAAAGAGGCCUCAGUUUGGUGAAGAGAGAAAUUGGACCUGACCCGGUGAAGCAUGUUUCCUCUGCCGAUAAAAUGCUUUUCAUUCGCAGUCAACAUGCAAGCAUGAUCAAUGGUUUGCAUGGCCGAUUCCCUAUAUAUGCAUCAGUUGCAAGGCUGGCGAAAAGAUGGGUUUCUGCGCAUCUCUUUUCUGGUUGCCUGGCAGAAGAGGCCAUUGAACUUUUGGUUGCACAUGUCUUCCUCACACCUCUCCCACUUGGUGUUCCUUCCUCUCGCAUCAAUGGAUUUUUAAGGUUCUUGCGGUUAUUAGCAGACUAUGACUGGAUGUUCUAUCCGUUGAUUGUUGACAUAAACAAUGACUUCGGCAGAAAUGACGAGAAGGAGAUCAAUGAUAACUUCAUGUCAAGUAGAAAGGGCUAUGAAGAGGACAAACAAAACAUAAGUUCAGCUAUGUUCUUGGCAGCUCCUUACGAUAAGGCAUCAGAGGCAUGGACAUCACUUUCACCAAACUUGUCGGAACUAAAAAGAUUGGUGGCUUAUGCUCGAAGCAGUGCAAACGUAUUAAGUAAGCUGGUACUGCAAGAACACAAUGAUUCUGUUCAAUGGGAGUGUCUUUUCAGAACACCUUUGAACAACUAUGACGCAGUUGUUCUUCUCCAUAGAGAAAAAAUACCUUACCCACAUCAUCUUUUGUUUCCGUCGGAACUUAACCAAGGGAAACAUGUAGCACGUGGAAAGGCGAGUAAAGCGUUCAACCCGUUUUUAUUGCCUGGAGAUUUGAAGAGAAGCCCUGAGGAGCUUAAAAAGAAGUUAAUGGUGGACUUCGAGCCGACCAAGUGCUUCAUGAGUGGGUUGCAGGAAGAGUUUGGAACGCUGAAGGCGUGGUAUGAUCAUAUAGGAGGCGACGCUAUUGGUUUAACUUGGACUAAACACAAUUCAAAGAAACGAGAACGAGAUGAGGAGGAAGUGGAAAUUAAUCCAAUAGAGAUGUUGAAGGCGGUAGGCGAGAUGGGUAAAGGGUUGGUGAGAGAUAUCUACUUGCUCAAGUCUCCUCGCUUUCUCUAAAAGCUUUCUUUUCAAAGAGUUUCGAAUCUCUUAGUUCUGAUUGAUUUGAACUCAAAAUGUUUAUCAAUUUUGAUGAGUACACAUGAUAUGUUUUCUACAAUACCAAUCAAACACAAUUUGUUUUUUUUUAAAUUAAUCUCAUCUUGAAGAGGAUUUUACAACAAGAACAACUGGUUUUGCUCAAGACUAUCAAUCAUCAUUUUCUGCAAACCGACAGAGUUGUCAAAAGAAAGAUGGUUUAGUGCCCUAAACCUGUGUUAUGUUACGGUAAUGAUCAUGUCAUCGUCUUCUUCCAUGUGGUGUCCUAGAAACAACAGCUUUCAUGCCUUGAGAAUCUUUGAAGCAGACAAAGUGGACUAACGUUUCCCCGUUGGGAUAAACAGCAAACACGCUUGUCCCAAUCUUCUUAUUGCACAAUGAACACAUGCUCUCGCUUGUUAGUUGUUACUUGCGCCACUCCCUUCCUAUGUUUGUACACUUC